UAUGGCUCGCUUCAUGGAGUGACGGAAUGUCAUUCAGCUCAAUGGAUUCUGUCAGAAGCGAGAGUUGUGUAGUAAGAUCUUUACGACCACGUAUUUUUUCGUGAGUGAUACUGAUUGUGCUUGUUUUAUGUUGUUACACGUAUUUGAUAUUAGUUUUGUACAGCAGAAAUCUGUUGACAAACCUUUUCUUCUAAUGAAACGGUAUUUCAGUGGAAAAGGAAUAGUUACUUAAAUCUAGGGGCAUGAAAUUCCUUACUUAUCCUUUUUCUAUAUAUUGUGACAAUGAUCAACAUUCCAAAGUCAGAAGAGUACCUAUAAGCAAUAGUCAUGUUUACUUUAUCACACAGUUUGUUAAGAAGGUUCACAGUUUUAGUUCUCAGUAUGGUGGUAACGGCAGCAUAUCUUAUGCUGCUUUCAACAUAAUUGGACAGCCUAGCAUAUUUCCGAAUUAUGGAGAUUUUGUGCAGGUAUUUGCCAUGAGAACUUAUGGGCUAUGGUGGGACAAGGCACCCUCGAGAUCAAUUGAUUAUACGCCACAGAAUAAUAUGGAUGUUGUGAGCCAAGAUUAUAUUACCAUCGAGUAUCAUGAAGCGGUAUAUCCAAUCAGAAUCUCCAUAUACGAAGUAUAUAAUCCUGGUAGCGUAAUUCGAAUUUGGGCUCAAGAUCCUAAGAAUCGAUGGUUCCUGUUGUGGAAUGGACCACCUCAGAUUAUUUCUCCAAAAUCACGAAUGUUUUCGCCGCCUUUACAGCGAUGUGAUUUUAAAACUAAGGUACUUAGGCUAGAGUUCAACCACAGUUUAUUGGAUUAUUACACCGCGUUGGACGCUGUGAUGCUUGUUGGUACUUCGGAACUGAUCCUUCCUAAAAAUCAAUCCUACGAACGGAAUUUAACUAAUCUCUUAAAAAGCUUUAACUGCGAGUGUCCUUGCAAUGAAGACAUUCAUAAUUUAACACCCAAUUAUAUACUUGCAAACAAGGAUAUAGUCCAGCUUAUUGAAACAUUGAAUGAACAUUGCAUUAUGUAUAAAAGCGAUGUAGUAGCAAAUUUUCAUGAGAGUAAGCUAAUUUCUCGGUUAGGAUCAUUUUAUUAUUAUGUACCACCUCUUAAAGAAGGAUCUAGUAGUAUGCAGCACUUUUUAUCAGAAGAACUUUUGAAAUUCAUGGAAGAUAUUAAACUCUCCUCAAACGAAUUCAAGAAAUCAUCACGUUGCAGUUUUUCUAUGUUUCCUGAUGAAAUAAUAGUAAAAAUAUUUAAAAACUUAGAUUUGAUAUCAUUAUGCCAUGUGAGCAGAGUGAAUAAACGUUUUAAUAAUUUAGCACAAGACCCUCUCCUUUACACACGACUGAACUUAAAACCAUAUUGGUAUAUUAUCGAUACAAGAGCAUUGUAUUAUUUGUCAUCAAGAUGUACAUAUUUGCAACAAUUAGAUCUAUCAUGGUGUGACAGAUUUUCUGUUCUGGAUCUCGAAAUGUUUCUUGAUGCUUGCGGCAGCCUCUUGACACACUUACGCUUAAAUUGUUGCUCAUGUAUCGAUGAUUCCAUCAUGCUUAAGAUUUCGAGAAUAUGUAAGAAUUUGAAAGAAUUAGGUCUACGCAAUUGUGACUUGAUUAAGGACAAGGGAUUUUCAUAUCUUGAAAAUUUUGAGUUUCUGGAACAUUUGGAUCUUUACAGGACACAUAUAAAAACUCAAACUCUUUGUAAAAUACUCCGAAGAAAUUGGCGGAUGCGUCACUUGUAUAUAGGAAGUACUGACAAUAAUCUAAAUGUAGACGAAGUUGCAAUGGAGUUAAGAAAUUCGUGUCCAGAUUUGGAAAGUAUUGAUUUAUGGAAGACACAUACUCUUACAUCGCAAGGUAUUGACGCUCUUGCGGAAUGUAAGAAUCUACGGGAAGUGGAUUUUGGUUGGUGUGGCAGUACAACUGGUCAUGGUGACAGUUUUCGUAGAUUGCUUUCCUCCUGUCAACAUUUGGAAAAAGUCUGUUUGGUCUCUUUUAAAGGCCUCACUGAACGUGAUUUGAGAGCACUGACGCUGUGCAAAAAUUUAAAACAGUUAGACUUGUUAGGCACACUAUCUCUGACAAGUGAUAUAUGUUGUGCAUUUUUUACGAAUUGUCCUAAACUGGAGAUGAUUGAUCUCAGUUUCUGUGACAAUAUUUCCGAUUACAUGAUUCAGUGGUGGCAGCAAAAAUAUACGCAUGUGGCCAUCAAAAGAGGAAACUCGUACAUAGAAAAUUUGUUAUAUGAUUUUAUAUAAAAGGUAUCUUUAGAAAGUUACCUUUUCAGUAAGUGUGCUACUGAAGUACGAAUAAAAUCGGUUUUAUUCUUUUCAGUGUACCUGUUAAAAGAAUAAAAUAGAUUUGUUUUAAUUGCAUAAUUAAAAUUCAAAUCUAUUUUUUUCUGUAAAAGUAAUGUUAAAAAUUGUAC